AUGGAUGGAGAAUUGCCCAGCCAGGAUGCAUCUGGGUCUACAGAGACCCCUAGUCAAACUGACACCAACAACAACAACCAGACCGAUGAGCCAGAGCUGGAGGAGAGUAAAGACCCAGGGAGGGAGCCUCCAGCAGGGGAGACAGUGGAAGGUCUGGGGGUAAUGAAAAUGGAGGAGAAAGGGGAGGAGGAUGCAGUACUAGAGCAGGGAGGAGAAGGGGAGGCCAGUGCUGGGGGUGAAGACAAGCACCAGACUCUUCCUUCAGAGCAUGUUGAAAAUGACACUGAAGAGGCUAAUGAGUCUGAAGACAAAGCCUCCGCGAAUGUUGAUGUGAAAGAUCCUGAACCGACGAGUGAAGAAAAAGAUGGGGAGGGAGAGAGUAAGGAGGAGAAGAAAGGUCGGGAGGUAGAGGAGGUCAAGAGUUGCGAAACUGGAAGAGAUGGAGAGGAGGUGACAGACAAAAACAACAAGAAAAAGAAGAGUAAAACAAAGGAAAAGGCAAAAGAAGCAGAAAAAGAUAGGGAUGAAAAGGCAGCAAAAGAGGAAGAGGAGACAAAACAAGUUGAGGAAGUGGACGUAGACACAAAAGACAAAACAAAGAUUAAGGAGGUAGAAAAGCAAGGGAAGCCCAAAAGAAAGAGUGGGGCUCCCUCUUCUUCUGUCUCCCGACCAAGACCCUCUCUACGCUCUAUGAGAGCAGCAGCUAAAAACGACAUCAUUGCCAAGUUCCAGCAAGGUGCACCAGAGACACCAACACCCCGCAACUUCAAAAUUCAGAGGUCAUCUGCGGCUGCGGCCACAGGAGCUUCGAUCAAACAGAAGAUGCUUCAGUGGUGUCGCAGCAAGACUCGCAACUAUGAGGGUGUCGACAUAGAAAACUUCUCAUCAUCUUGGUGUGACGGUUUGGCGUUCUGCGCUCUGAUCCAUCGUUUUUUUCCGGAUGCUUUUGACUACAGCUCUCUGAAUCCAAAGGAGAGGAAGAAAAACUUCACUCUGGCCUUCCAAACUGCAGAGUCCCUGGCCGACUGUUGCCCCCUGUUGGAAGUGGAAGACAUGCUCAUGAUGGGUAAACACCCGGACCCCAUGUGUGUGUUCACAUAUGUCCAGUCCCUCUGCCACAGCCUCUCUAAAAUAGAGAAAGAGAGGAAGGACAAGGAAAAGGAGGAGAAAGACAAAACACCUGCUAAUGAGGGAGAGGAGAAAGAGGAGAAAGAGGAGAAAGGGGAGAAAGGGGAGAAAGAGGAGAAAGAGGAGAAAGAGGAGAAAGAGGAGGGAGAGGAGGCAGAGGAGAAAGAGGUGUCACCGCAGAAGGAAGAGUCUGCUGAGAACGGGACGAUGGAGAGCCAAGAGGAGAAACAGGGAGAUAUUAAAGAGACAGAGGGUGCAGGCGAGGAAGAAAAUCCACCAAACAGCUGUGAAAUUGAGGAGUGUUAA